CUCUGCACGUUAGAGCCUUGCGCUCUUUUGGUUCUGCCCUCACUGUCGGUAUGCCUUAAUACACAUUGGUGAGAUACAUUUGAGGCUAAACGGAUUUUUAUCCCUCAUCGCGUUUUUGAUUUUCAUGCAGUCUGUGUUUGAUCCUGGAACCGUUUGUUGUGGAGUCGGAAUGUUAUCUGGACAUUGAUUAUCAGGACUACAUCAUGCAGAACGUGGAGAUGGCAACAGUCGUGGAAAACCUGACAGAUGGCUGUUCAAAGAAGGACCGACUUCGACUGGCCAAAGAAAGGAGAGAGGAAAAAGACAAGAGCAAAGCUGUGCGCGAACAAGCUCUUGGGGAGAAGCAAAGACGCGCCCAGCAGCAGUAUGUGCGCUCGGUAGAGGAGCGAGGCAGGCGUCUGGAGGAGCAGCGGCAGAAAGAGAUGCUCCGCCGCUCAGCCGUGGAGGAGAAAAGGAGGCAGCGUGAGGAGGACGAAAAGGAGCGGCUGGAGGCCCUAAUGCGACGUUCCGUGGAGCGCAGCCUGCAGGCGGACCACAGGCCCAAACGAUGGACUUGGGGCGGACCUCCUGGAGUCUGCGAGGGUGAUCCUAAGGUAGCCCCGCCCUCUCCUCCUGCUUCUGUCUCCUUAGCCAAUGAUCCUGCUGCUCUCCCUUCUGCAAGCAAAUCUAAGAACGUCGAAGAUUUUAUGAUCCAGCCCGAGUCUCCAGACUCCCUGAGCAGGAAUUUUUCAUCUGCUACUUUAUCCAAUAUGACAGAAAAAGGCAAGUCCUCCUCCAGCCCUCAUAGGUCUCCUUACAGAGCAUCUCCUAGUAGAGCUGAACGGAAGAAGGUUAGUGCAUCAUUCUGUGGACCGCUGGAUGAUUCUAGAGGAGUAGCCACAACUGUGAAAACCCCUCAGACUGAAAAAACAGAAAAGAGCAUCAUCCAAGCCUUGGUUGACUCCCCAAUGAAAAAACUUGAGUCUCCAACAACACCCACCCGAAGUUACCCUGCUUUCAAGAACCCAAGCACGCCGAAAAGAUCAAGGUCAUGUAAGAGCCGUAUCCAAUCUCCAGCCUCUCCGGGGCAAUACCCCCCAUCCCCAAUGAGGCACAGAGCUACCACUCCAUGCAAAGAAAACAAAAUGUUGGAAGGAGAGGAGAAAGGCUCUCUGGAGAGCAAAGGCACCAGCACUUUAGAGAAAAAGACCUCUAGAACAGAGAGAAUGCCAAAAUCUGCAAGCAAGGAACUGGGACACAAUGCAGAGUCUCCAGUGACUCCCACUGGUAAAGCAGGUACCACUGAUGCUGAAGAGGCCUCCAGGCUGCUGGCAGAGAGACGACGCCUGGCCAGAGUACAGAAGGACCAGGAGGAAAAGCAACGACAGGAAGAGGAGCGUCUCAGGGCUGAGGAGCUCCAGAGACAGCAGGAAGAGGAGAGACAGCGGCAGGAGCAGGCAGCCCGAGAGGCGGAGGAGAAAAGAGAGAGGCAGGAGGCGGAGCGCUGCCAGAAAGAGCAAGAGGAUAAGCAUCAAAAGGAGCAACGCUGGAAGGAGCUCCAGGAUGAUCUGGAGAGACAGAGAGAGGAGGCCGUGCAGAGGGUUCACAGGGAGGCCGAACGCAAGAGUCAGGAGAGGGAGAUGCUGAAAAUUCAGGAGGAGCAGGAGAGGCUGCAGAGGAAGAAGCGUAUUGAAGAGAUAAUGAAAAGAACAAGGAAACCAGACGGAGAAUCGAAGAAAGAGGAGCCCUCAACAGACGCUCCACCCCACACUUCUGUCUCACCGUCUUCCUUGGAAACUGGAGGUGUUCCAUCAAAGGCGAUGUCUGAAUCUCCAAUCAUAUGCCUCGAGCCCUUGGAGACAAAGGGAAAUGGAGCAGAUGAUCUUUCUGAUGGGGUCCAGUCCAUGGAUGUCAGUCCUGUCUCCAGAGAUGAGCUCCUCUCCGUUGCCGAAUAUUCCCCCGUCAGCGAGACGUCACAGAACAGCGUGAGUUCUGUAGCUUUGGGUGAUUUCCUUGUUCUGACCGGGCAGGUCUCACAUCCCAAAGUCUCUGCUGCUCCAGCAUUUGGUGAUUGCAACAAGAACCUGAUCCAGGACUGCAGCAGCGCUGCUAUUGACUCAUCGCUUUUUCAUAGUCUUAGAACAACCUCAGACAAGCUCAACAUCUAAGACACUGCUGAAGAAUGGGGCCGGACUGAAUUGAUGAAUUGAAGUUGAAUGCUGAAACCAACCCUGUGUGCCUCAGUCCAAUCUCUGUAGAGCUGUUUCAUUAGCUUGCUCCUCUUCCACAACAUCUUCUCGACAGGAGAACACACACUGAAUGUUAAAAUGUGUCAAUAAGGGACAGAUGAUUUUUCUUACACAUAAAAGAAAGUUUUGCCUGAUAUAUAUCACACGAUUUUACUGUAUUAUCACCAGACAAAGCAACUGUAUUUGCGCACUCUUAGUGGUCUUCUUAAUCCUGUCUUUCACACCUGUAGCAUCGAUGAGUGAUACGCCGUGACAGUUGUAGCAGCUCCAUCGUGUAAAUUGUUUUGGGUAGCGUAAAUGACCAGCAAACCACGCAGUUAUGUGCUGAGUCUUCUAAAUGUGCUGUAUUAUAUGGCUGGGGUGUGCAAACAGUAUAUUGUAUAAGUCUAACACAUCUUUACACUGUCUGAGCAAUCAGAGCUUUGUAGUGUGAAAGUGGAUAUGAAUAUUUAGUACAGAUGUAAAGUGUGAUGUUAUUCUAUCAUAACACUGUUAAACUGGCAUCAUUGUGUUAUUAGUCAAACGCAUUUAGAAGUUGUGGGCGUGUACACAUAAAAAGCCUGUACUUCUAAAGAAAUCUGUGUGCAAGUUAAAAAGUGCAGCACUUCUUUGCGUUUACAUAGUAUAGUGCUUUUAAUUCUUCAUUGACUCUCUCUGUAUUGUUUUGUUCACUAUUGUGGCUAUGUCAUCACUGCACAGUGCUCUAUGCAGAAAACUAAGCGACCGUAAAGUCUAAUAAUGUAACAUAAAGGACGGCGUUUCAGAAACUAUCGACUAAAGAUCUGUACUUGCCGAAUAUGCCCAUUCAUAAUCCCAUCUGCUUACCUUGUGAGAAAAAAGGACCAUCUUGUAUACUCAGGGUGCUGGUGAGCAUUGCAUGUGAGCUCAGUUCAAUUUAUUUAUAAUGCGUCAGUACUGGUGUUCUUUAGUGGUCUCAAGUAGAUGCUGUUGUGUAAACUCCUGAUGCACUAGAUUGGUUCCGGACCGAUCUGUCACAAAACUUGGGAAAUUGAUCACAUUUUAGAUGAAACGGGGUGAUGAGUUGGUAAUUCAGCACUUCAAAAUAACAUUUGAGAGAAGGUGCAUGAAUCAGUUGCUUUGAAGUUGCAGAACCCUGAACUAUUGACAUGACAAUAAAAGAUGUAUCAUAACCUGA